CUGCCCGGGUUGAUGCAGCUCCGUAAAAGAAGGAGCGUCAUUCCGUUUCUCCUCUUUAAGAGCUGGCACCUGUUAUGUUGUUCCGGUACGCCAGCCCUAUCCGACAACAAGUUCAGCACGUGUUGCAAAAUAGUUGUCGGCCGGGAAGCCGUCCGUGGCGCCGAGUUAGCUGCAGCGCGGUCCCCGCUGGGCUGCGGAUGGCCGCCGCGUCGGGCGGGGCGGGCCCUGCAGGGGCCGAGCUCACCGCCUGCUGAAAGCGAUGCGUGUUUGCCUCGAUACUGAUGAAUACAGACCACCUGUUUGGAAAUCUUAUUUGUAUCAGUUGCAACAGGAAGCUCCCCAUCCUAGAAGGAUAACCUGCACUUGUGAGGUAGAGAACCGUCCCAAAUAUUAUGGAAGAGAAUUUCAUGGCAUGAUCUCAAGGGAAGAAGCUGACCAGUUAUUAAGUGUUGCAGAGGGAAGCUAUCUCAUUCGUGAAAGCCAAAGGCAGCCUGGAACCUACACUUUGGCAUUAAGCCUUCCAGAUGUGUGACCCCAUUUAGACGCUAGGAGAGCAGCCAAGAAACAGAAGG